CUUCACAUCACUUUCUCUUACACAAAGACCUUCAGCCAUGUCCUACGCAUCCAUCGCAGCACACAACAGUGAGGGUGGAGGAGCCAAGCCCAGCCAGGAGUGGCUCGAGGGCAGCCUCCCCGGCUCAGAGGGCGUUCAGCAAAACAGCGUGGAUGUAGACUCUGGAUCGAUCAAUGUUGUACCUCACGAGUCAAAUCUAGAGAAUCUCAGGACCGACAGCGCCGAGCAAUCAGAACGGGCCGAGCGAGAUGCUGCUGACCACCAGCGCAAGAUCGACGAGGAGGCGGCACACGAUGCAAAUGUGAAGCGAGACGCGCACGACAAGCGGGUGGCAGAGGCACACAAGGCCGAGGACAAGAAGUCAUCGGACAGCAAGAAGGCAGACUCGAAGAAGACUGAGACCAAGAAGGACGAUAAGAAGUCUGGCUCCAAGAAGUCAGAGGACGAACAGAAGGCCGAGGAGCUCGAGAAGAAUGCAAAGAAGGCUGCCAACACUGCCGACGAGAAAUACGCCGAGACAAAGGCAUACGCCGAAAAGGAGGCCUCGAAGGCAAAGGAGUACAUGGACAGCACCUCGACCGAACAAAAGAUCCAAGACGGCAAGGCCUUUGCUCAGGAAAAGUAUGAGCAAGGCAAGGCUUACGCUUCAAAGGAGGCCCAAAAGGCCAAGGAGUACGCCGAGAGCACCACGACUGAUGAGAAGAUCAGGGAUGGAAAGGCCUUUGCCGAAAAGGAGGCCAAGAAUGCAAAGGCCUACGCAGACAAGCAGGCCAAGAGUGCAAGGGAGUGGGCCGAGAAGGAGGCGCCCAAGCUGACAGAGGACGCCAAGAAGGCAGAAAAGAAGCUGUCCAAGAGGGCAAGGGAGGUCUCUGCGCAGGUGCAAGAAGGAUGGGGUCAGCUCAGCAGCGACCCCAAGGCCUGGGGAACCCUGCUGGGAGCCAUCAAUGUUGCUCUCCUUGGUGGUCUAGGCUACUUUGCCUACCGUGAGCGCAACAACCCCAAGGCCUGGGACCGAAGGCUGGUCAGCGCCGUGACGGUGGGUGUGCUGGGUCUCCUUGGAGGUCAAGGAUACGUGGCUGCCGAGACUGCUCGCGAGCAACGAGGAAAGAAGUAAAGCGUACAAUUUGGAAUUUGAGAUGAAGAGGAAGAUCGGUACAACAUUGGGUCAUUGUGUUCGAGGGAAACGGGGAGAAUAGGGUCUACAAUCAGUCCAACAAAUCACGGGCAAGGCUGUGCAUAUUGCAACUGCUCUCCCACUUCAAGACGUGGCAUUUCCCUUCUUUCUUUCUUUCUUACCACCACUGAUCCUUAUGUGUACUCUUAUGAACUGGACGAAUGACAUUGCCUGCAUGCAUGUGUC